UCUCACUCUCUCCUCUCUUCUUCACUACCAAGGAGCUUUGGAGAGGAGCUCCUAGGAACACAAGGCCAAACAUAAACAUUGGAAGACUCUGGAAAAUUGAGAGGGCUCGCACCAGGAUUUAUUCUGUCAAUAUUUAAAAGAAAAGUAGAUUUGUUCUUGAUCACCAGGCAAUCUGAUUCAGUGUUUCCUGUGUACAGUGGCAUCCGUCUGUUUGAGUAGCAGGUGACAAUUUGAAGGGGAUUCUUUCAGUCCAGCAGAAGUACAUCUAGAAAAACUCACAACCUCUGCAACCAGCAUGGAGCUUCAGAAGUUGAACGGACACAGCAAGGACAAUGGGUUUGACGGUCUGGAUGGCUUGGCUGAACACGACGAGUUUCUCCCCCACAAAGCUGGAGUCAAGAAGGAAAACCACUUCACAGAUUUCGAGGGGAAGACUUCUUUUGGCAUGUCCAUCUUUAACCUCAGUAACGCUAUUAUGGGCAGCGGGAUUCUGGGAUUGGCUUUUGCGAUGGCCAACACCGGAAUUAUUCUUUUUCUGAUGCUGCUGGUGUCCAUCGCCCUUCUGUCUGCAUAUUCAAUUCAUCUCCUGUUGAAAAGUGCUGGAGUUGUCGGUAUCCGUGCUUAUGAACAGCUGGGAAAUCGGGCUUUUGGCAUCCCGGGAAAAAUACUGGCAGGGUGCACCAUUUCAGUACACAACAUUGGAGCGAUGUCCAGCUACCUCUUUAUCGUCAAAUCUGAGCUCCCUUUGGUUAUUCAAGCCUUCCUCAGUAAACAGGAAAACACAGGAGAGUGGUACUUGAAUGGAAACUACUUGAUCAUAAUAGUUAGUGUUGCCAUCAUCCUUCCUCUAGCACUCAUGAAACAACUUGGUUACCUUGGCUACACGAGUGGCUUCUCCCUCUGCUGCAUGGUGUUCUUCGUCAUUUCGGUUAUCUUCAAGAAAUUCAACAUCCCGUGUCCCCUGGUUGAUCAACAUCAAAACAACUUUACAAGUGAUAAUGUUAUCAAACACAUGAAUGUGACAGACGACUUCUGUGAGCCCAAAAUGUUUACCACUAACUCACAGACAGCGUACACCAUCCCAAUUCUGGCCUUUGCUUUUGUCUGCCACCCCGAGGUGCUGCCAAUCUACACCGAGCUACGAGACGCCAACAAGAAACGAAUGCAGAACAUCGCUAACGUCUCCAUCCUGGCCAUGUUCGUCAUGUACCUAAUAACGGCUCUUUUUGGUUACCUCACUUUCUUUGGUGCUGUGGAGUCAGAGCUGUUACACACCUACAGUCAGGUGGACGCCCUGGAUGGCCUGAUGCUUUGUGUACGUCUAGCCGUGCUGGUGGCCGUCACUCUGACUGUCCCCGUCGUUCUUUUCCCGAUCCGCAGGGCCUUGCUGCAGAUGUUCUUCCCUGACAAGCCUUUCAACUGGCCGGUGCACAUCGGCAUUACAUUGUGUCUCCUGUUUGUGGUCAACCUGCUGGUUAUCUUUGUGCCCACCAUCCGCGACAUCUUUGGAUUCAUUGGAGCCACAACUGCCCCCAGCCUCAUCUUCAUCCUUCCUGCAAUCUUCUACAUCCGUAUCAUUCCUGAAGACCAGGAACCUUUGAGGUCCAGACCUAAGAUUCAGGCUGCAUGCUUUGCUGCGUUGGGAGUCGUCUUCAUGGUCAUGAGUUUGUCGUUUAUCAUCAUCGACUGGGUGACCGGGGAGUCUCGGAGCGGAGGCGGACACUAACUGUCUCCACAGAGAAAUUAAACGAACACAAUGCCAUCCCAAACUCUCCGUUAUUAAACCCCUCCUCUCUUUUAAAGCCAAACAGGAAAACAAAAGUUUGGCAGCACAAGAUGAAGAAUAUGUGAAGUUCUCCUAUACAACAGAAAAAAUAAUAAUGGAGAUAAAUGAGAAUACAAAGAAAUGUAUUCUGACUGAAUACAAAGUCAUGCCUCGCUAUAAGGAUGUUUGGAGGCAUGUGUAGAAAUGCAACCAAAGGAUGAAUGGGAACAACAUGACUCAAAUGGAAAUCCCAUUUAGAGUAUGGAUGUGUGAAAAUGUCAGUUGUCCAUCCGUCAGUUGCUGUUUCAAUAUACAUUUAGGACUGUAAAAAAUGCUGGUGCUUUGUGUCAAAAUUACCCCAAACUUUCAAAGAAGCUGCAAAAUACGAGCAGUGAGGCUGAGGCCAGGCUAACCUUUCCACUCUACCUAAACACACUUUUCAAUGACUUGUACAUGGAGUUUAACAUUUUCUUAACGUGACUUUUUUAAUCUAUACUGACACUUAACAUGACUCCUGUAGAAGUGAUCAUCUCCAAAGCUGAGCCUGAGAUGGUCUUUUAUAAAUAAUACAACAGAAAUGGUGCAAUGUGUGGUGUUCAGCUGCUAUCAAUGAAGGUCAAACAGACAGUUAAAGACAAUCACAUGUGAAUCAAAAGAGAUGGUUUGUACAGUUUUUUAUGUAUUCCUGAAAAAAUAAAAAAGGUUGUUAAAACCCAGAGAUUAUACUUUUGUGUCAUAUUGAAAGAGGGUGUAUCACACUUUAAAAAACAAUUAAUUAAGGGGGGAAAAAGCCAUUUAAAAA